UCGGUUUUUUAAACAGCUGGCAAGUAGUGCCAAGCCCGGUCGAGUUCGCAACAGCGAAGGCAGUGGUAGGAUUAACGCGGCUGUGGACUUCGGCCGACCCGCCAUCGCGCCACACCGUCACAGUCCGACCGGAAUGGCAUACAUACGCGCGAGACCGCUCUUCGUUCUAACUCUGUUACAACUAUGCCGAGCUGAAAUAUCCGACUCAUUGUCAGAAUCAUGGUAUUCGGCGAACGUUAUCAAUGAUGGCUUCCAACCAAAACCGAUAUCGGAAAUAUUCUCAACAGACACGCCGUUUCCAACAAAUCCAGUCAAACCGAUAUCCGAUAUAUUCUCGAGUGAGUCGCCGUUUUCAACAGCAAAUCCAAUAAUUGUUUUGCCGACAUCCACCCCCUACCCACCGGUCGAGGCGUCAACCUUACCGCCUACAAGAAAAAUAUCGACUACAAGUACUUCUGCGGAUUAUACUCAGACGUCGACGCUUGCUCCAACUUUCCAAACAGAGCCACCGUCAUCAUUCCCAACAACAUUACCUCCGUCAUCGUUAGCAAGUACAUUCUCGACGUAUCAAAGUACGCCCUCUACAUUCCAGACUUCACCAGUCACGUUUUCAACUACUCCGUCGACAACGCUUUCGUCCUCUCCACCGCCCCCGAUAGCAUCACAACCAUAUAGCAUUGAACCAGAAAUACAACAAACCACUUUAUCAGUGCCACAACCGCCUCGCGGUGCUCCCCAAACGCAGUCGCAGCAAAUACGACUGGAACUGGUACCGCAACAAUUUAUCCCAGAUUUCAAUAGACCUAUUGGUAUACAAGCGUCUAUACCGCAACAAAAUUCAGAAACAUCGACUGGAGGGCCACUGUCGAAUUAUUUCUUAAUCUACCAACAAGCUCCACAAAACAUUCAAGGCCUCCCGGGACCUGUGCAAGGAGAGGCGCAGUUAACAACUAGAGUCCAAGAUACAACUACACGUACGCCCUCUACAGUGAUUAUUUCACCAGCUGCAACUCAAACAACUCGUGCUGCGCCCUCUACGUCAACGACUCCGGUGCCGUCAACAGUGCGCAUAGUGUCUACACAAACACCUCGAACGACGCAGACUGUUAGAAAUACUAAUUGUCAAAAUGCGCCGAACACGCCAAUUUUGUCCGGUCCCCCGUACCCGUUGAGAAUCCGUGUGAUGGCGCCCAGCGGUUCUAUCACAAACGUGCACUUGAACCCGGCCAGUAGAACAACGACCACAAGGAGGCCGACAACGACGCGAACGCGUAAGAUCAAACCAAGAAAGAAUACGUACGACGCUUGUAUAGACGGUUGCAAGAGAGGAAGGGACCCAAUUUGUGCAGCACCGCUUUCGAGUACAUUCCUAAACCCGGAUACCCUGAAGGGAUUCCCGUCGAUCUGUCAUAUGGCAUGCCACAACUCCUACAGAAAAGAUUCGUAUGAAAAGGUCCUGGAUGGACGUUGCGGUAGGUUGCGCACGCGCAUCAAGACAGUGGACUCCAACAAACUGAAACGGGAUGAACUAAACAAGGCACAGUACUUCGUCGACAACGGUGGCACUAUUGUCGAAUUAUCAGCUUUACCUAACUGAACUUAGAGGGUAUAAAGAGGUGAUAAUUUAAUAUUUCUCAAGUACGGUUAGCAAAUGAAGUAUACAGGGUUGUCAGAUUUUUUAAAAGGUUAUGAUAGUUUAAAAAAAUAUGUAUUUGAAUGGCAAUUUAAAAUAGGUUUUGAGUAACUUGAUGUAUUUUUACCUUCCGAUACACAUUUCAUUUUGACGAUACUGUAUCUCCCUGUUUUGCUAACUGUACUUUUCUUAGCGAUUGUCCAAUACGUUUAGAUUAUAGAUGGUUCAUUUUAAGCGUAUUUAUAAUUACGAUAAAUGGCUAUAGAAGCCAACGAACAAUAAUAAUGCAAAUAUACUUCGAAUGUAUCGGAAGUUUUUGCUAUGAUUAUGACAAUUAACUUUUCUAUGUGAACACGCAUAGUUUAAAACAGAUGUUUUUGUGAACUGAUCAAUCGAUGCCUAUCAUCUGUGGUGAAAGAAUUGUCGUAGUAAAGUAUUUUAUUACAACAUAACGUUUAAGAGCUAAUCGAUUAGAUG